AUGCCGCCAAUUAGAGAACAUCAAACUUCACCUUCUUCACAGCACCAACCAAAUGCUAAUUCUUCAGGCGAAGAGGAUCAUUCGUCAACAAAAAGUGAUAAAUCAAAUUCAUUGUUACUAACUGAUAAAGAUCGUAAUAGACGUGGUAAAAGAAGUCCAAGCAUAAAUACGAGAGCUUCGAGAGUUGGCGUGACUAAUUUUAUAAAUGUGAUAAAGAGUUUACAUCCAGGUGAAUCAAUAAAUUACUUUCCUAUAACAAAGGAAACUUUACAGGAUUAUAUUGAUUCGAAAAAAAAAAACCUUAUAAAAGCCGGUUCUCUUGAACAAUAUUUACAACAUAUUCAAGCGUAUAACAUUGCACUUGGUUUUGGUUGGGACGGACAUGUAUUUGGUCCAAUCAUCAAAAAAGCUUUGGACGAAUUAAGAAAUUAUGAAGACGAGAUAUCCCUAAAGACCGGAAAUGUCUUAAUCAUCUCUUCAAACCAACCUCAACAACCUACUUUAGUAAAUUCUGCAAUUUCGCAACAUUCUAAUCCCUUUUCGAAUUCUUUGGAUUCUAAUUUUACUUCAUCAACUGAUGCUAACGUUAAAACGGAAAACUUAUUUACAAUCGAUGAAGAUGAUACAAUGAACGAUGACUUUGAUGGAGUUUUGUCUAUUGACGGACAAGAAAAGAAUUCCAAAAAGAUGAUACAUGUGGUCUGCUUUGAUGCUUCGUCCAUCCCUUUCGCUGUACUGGAUCAAUGCGGCAAAGUUUUUCUGGACAACCUAAACUCCCCUAAUCCGACGGAAAAUCUUCGUCAACUGUAUUCUAAUGUGUCCUCCGCAGACUUUCCUAAAUCAUGGGGUGAUGUCGAUUUAAAGCUCCAUUAUAGAGUGGAAGCACGCGAAGAUGCCAAUCACUUUAGCUUAAACGGAAUCUCAUCCUUUGUUCAAUUUUGGUCAAAGUUUAACGAAUUUGGAAAUGAAGUUCAACUAAUCGUGUAUCGGAAAAUUCCAAUAGUAAACCCUUCCCAAAGACGUUUCCAUGCUAGUCCAGAACCAAUAUUUCCAAGUCGCCCGUCCUCUCCACAACCAAUUCAAAGCUCUCUUGAAUCUCAUGUGCUAAAAUCGGUCACUGUUCGCUCAAAGGCUAAGAUAUACAAACAAAAAAUCGCAGUUUCAGAUACUACAACGUUUUCUUCGCUUCUCUCAUUCGCAAUUAAAGUACCACCUCCAGUUGGUAAACAGUUUGUGAUUAGAGCUGCGGAUGGGGUAUUGGAAUACAUGCCGGAUGAUUUGGUCCGAGAAGUAAUUACUGGAAUUGAGCAUACUGAAAUUAUUAUAUGUCUUGAGGAUGCCGGCCCUGUGAAUUUCGAUUACUUUUAA